AUGCAUAGGAUCAGGAUCACAGAUUCAGACCAUGAGAAGAAAAGACAGAAAAAGAUGAAUGAUAUUUCCUCUAAACUUUAUGAAAUUAAAUUUCAUGAAUUUGUCCUUUUUAUUUUGGAGAAGAAAAUGGGGGCAACCCGGAGAACAUUCCUGAUGGAUCUGGCUCGAAAGAAAGGUUUCAGGGUUGAAAGCGAAUUAAGCAAUUCAGUGACCCACAUUGUGGCAGAAAAUAAUUCUGGUUCAGAUGUCCUAGCCUGGCUCGAGGCACAUAAAUUGGAAACAACAGCACAUUUUGAGCUCCUUGAUGUCUCUUGGUUGAUUGAAUGCAUGAAAGUUGGAAAACCAGUGGACACAAAGGGAAAAUAUCAACUUGUGGAGAGCAGUAUUGCUUCAGCUAAUCCAGACCCAAAUGAAGGCACCUUGAAGAUUCAGUUACCUGCAGUGAAGGCCAUCUCCCCAUAUGCUUGCCAAAGACGGACAACUUUAAACAACCAUAACCAAAGGUUUACGGAUGCUUUUGAGAUACUGGCAAAAAAUUAUGAGUUUAGAGAAAAUCAUGGUCCCUGCCUGACAUUUUUGAGAGCAACCUCUGUGCUGAAAUGUCUUCCAUUUGCUAUAGUCAGUAUGAAAGAUGCAGAAGGACUACCAUGGAUUGGAGAUGAAGUUAAAGGUGUCAUGGAGGAAAUUAUUGAAGAUGGACAAAGUUUGGAAGUUCAAGCCGUGCUAAAUGAUGAGCGCUACCAGGCUUUCAAAUUAUUUACAUCUGUGUUUGGAGUAGGCUUAAAGACGGCUGAAAAAUGGUAUCGAAUGGGCUUCAGGACACUGAGUAAAAUCCGAUCCGACAAAAGCCUGAAAUUUACUAAAAUGCAGAAAGCAGGGUUUCUCUAUUAUGAAGACCUUGUUAGCUGUGUGUCCAAGGCAGAAGCAGAUGCAGUAAGCUUGAUAGUUAAAGAAGCAGUCUGGACUUUUUUGCCUGAUGCCUUAAUCACCAUAACAGGAGGAUUUCGAAGGGGAAAGGAGUUUGGGCAUGAUGUUGAUUUUUUGAUAACUAGCCCAGGAGCAGAAAAAGAACAAGUAGACCAGCUUUUACAGAAAGUUACUAACUUAUGGGAAAAACAGGGCUUACUUUUGUAUUAUGAUCUCAUGGAAUCAACAUUUGAAGAUCUAAAGUUGCCAAGCAGGAAAGUUGAUGCUUUAGACCAUUUUCAGAAAUGCUUUUUGAUUCUAAAAUUAUAUUGCCAGAGGGGAGACAGGAGCAAAUGGGAAGGGCCUGAAGGAUCUAAUGGUCUGCAAACAAAAAGCUGGAAGGCCAUCCGUGUGGAUCUCGUGGUGUGUCCAUAUGAUCGGUAUGCAUAUGCUCUACUAGGCUGGUCAGGCUCAAGGCAAUUUGAAAGAGACUUGAGGAGAUACGCUACCCAUGAGAAGAAGAUGAUGUUGGAUAAUCAUGCUUUGUAUGAUAAAACUAAGAGGACUUUCCUCAAAGCUGAAAGCGAAGAAGAAAUUUUUUCACACCUGGGAUUGGAGUACAUUGAACCAUGGGAAAGAAAUGCCUAGAACAAAAAUGCAUGAGCAUCUCUCUAUGGCUCAAUCUCUUUUUCUGCAUCAUAAAAUCUGGUUCAAUAGUUUUGCUGUCUUUGUCCUGUAAUAGAUUUUAUAGUAGAUGUUGGAAGAAGCCACAGACUUCACUAACUGUAGCUGAAAUAUUGAUUGUUUCUGGAAAGAACUUUAUUUUUCUCUAUGCAAAUUUCAGCAGUUCCAAACUUUUGAAUAGAUUGAGCUUCCAAAGUUCAUAGGUAAAUCAACCAUUUUGCUCUCAGAAUACAUUCUCUACCUAAUGUAUGCUGCAUUGAUUCUCUUGUCAGCUUAUAAAAGUCUAUUUAACCCCAAACUAAAAAUCAA